UACCCUAUCUUUUGUUAACAUUCAACAACAAGGUUAUAAAUGUAUACCCUUUGUAUAUUUUAAGCCUUGUCCACUUACACCUUUUACGGCAGGUGUUGUUAUUCAAUUUCUCAUCUGUUGUGAUUUACUCCCACCUAAUAAUGCUACCCCCACCGAAUAAUGACUCAAAUCGACAGACGCUUGACCCUGCAAGAGCGGCCAUUUAUUCAGUGUGUUCAGAGUCUUAUACUAUACUACACGUACAUUUUUAUUUCUUGUUAGUGUUUUUUCAAGUCUUAAUAAAUUUCAAGUUUUUAUAAGUUUUUAAAAUCACUAAUAACAUGGCCGGUUCGAUCGCUGACAAUGCUGCAAUCUACAAAAAGAAGCCGUUUGCGUACGUUCCACCGUCAACUCCGGCUACCCUAAUAGAUUCUACAUCCUACACAUUGGACUUUACCUCUCGAAAAUUUUUACUUGUUGGAAUCGAUCCGACUGAUGAUUUCCAAACAGUCAUCCAUAUAUUGACUUCUUCACGUUACGUAAAGUUGUCAACAGAUUUUCUAAGACGAAUAUUCUCGCUUAUGGGUAACGUGCUAUCAUUUAUACUAGAAAUACCUACAUCAUAUAAACGAAAUACAUUUCUCGAGACAGAUUUUUUCAAAUUAUCGAGUAUGGUGUAUGUAGGAGUAAAUGUUUUAGUAAUAGAAUCUAAAACUGAGGACGGGUGUAGAGUUCUUUUGAAUCGUUCAGAUCUAAUUCAGCUUCAGAACUUGGAAUGGAGUAUUGCUGCGAGUAUACGGGAAAAAGAUAUUUUCAUCAAACCCAAAAUUAUAAAACAAAUGAACGAAUAUUCCGAGAAUUUGAUCGGGAAAAUUCUUCAAGUGGAUUCACCGCCUAAUAAUGUACGAGAAAUGCAAAUUUUCAUUAACAACCAAGAAGUUAAGCAAACCAGUGAAAACCAAUUCCUCAACCAAAUCAGAAUGUUUGCACCUAUACAAUUAACCGAACUUUGUAUGAAUCGUCUGGUGACACCAAACACCCCAGAGCCAUAUGACAUGAAUUUUAGAAGCCCGUCAUUAAUGAUACCAAGCUAUUCACCUGUCAACGCUGGUAACUACAAAUCGUACGAAGACCCCAUUAGAAGUAAUGGAUUUAAUCUGACGGAUGAGGAUUAUGAUUUAUCUAAGCCGAUAGAUCAUUUUGAUGGUCCAACGUCACCCGAUGAUAGCUGUAGCCAACAACUGUCGUUCGACGAAAAUGAUGGGCCUGAUUUUUUCAAUCUAAACCAUGCAUCGUCUCAAUUCAAGACACCACGGACAUCUCGAUCAACUAGUGCUGAACCCCAAACACCGUUGCGUAAAGUAAAACGUAGACUUUUCUAAUAAUUUAUGUAAAAUAAAUAAUUUAUGUAAAAUAAAAAAAAAGACG